AUGCGUUACUCCAUCGUCUUCACUGCUGCCCUCGCAGCCUCCGUCCAGGCCCACGGUGUCAUCACCGCCGUCCAGGGUGCCAACGGUGUCACCAUGCCCGGUCUCUCCGUCGCGGAUGGUACUCCUCGUGACUCUGGUAACCCACUUUCCGGUGCUGAGGCUGAUACUUCCAUCAUCCGUGCUAAGGAGAUGGGUGGCAAGGCGUCUGCUCUUGGACGUACCGCCAGUGGUCCUGUAGAUGCUGGUGCGGCUAUUGCUAAGUUCAUGGGUACUGGUGCCGCUGGUGCUGCCGGUGGCAACAAACGUGGUCUCCUCGAUUCCCUCCUCGGCGGUGCUGGCGGUGCCGGUGCCGGUGCUGGUACAAAGACACCCAAGGGCACCACCGAACAGGGUGUCGCUGCCGCUGCUGGCACUGGUGCGUCCACUGGUCUCCCCACCACUUCCGACGACGGCACAAUCACCAUGACCUUCCACCAAGUUAACCAGGAUGGUGCCGGUCCCCUCACUGCAGCAAUCGACGCCACCUCCGGUGGAACCGACCCCGCUGCUUUCCAGAAGGCUCAGGUUACCCAAAACGUUCCCGGUAUUGGUAUCGGUGGUCUGUCUGCUGCUUCCAGCACCGACUUCCCCGUCAAGGUCCAGAUGCCCGCUGGCAUGACCUGCCAGGGUACCUCCGGAGGUGUCUCCAACGUCUGCGUCGUCCGCCUGCAAAACGCAGCUCUCGCCGGUCCUUUUGGUGGCUCCGGUGCCUUCACCCAGAGUGCUGCGGCCAAGAAGAGGGCUAUCGAGUACAACCUCCGCAAGCGCCACAUGGCCCGUGGUAUCCUCGGAAAGCCUGAGUAA